CUUUAUAGUGGUGCCUGUGGAGUAGUCAAAUUAGCUUUCGAUAAGAAGUCAUGUCAAAAAUAUGCUGUGAAGAUUAUUAAGAAAAAGAAUUUGUCUUUCACCGGUGGGGCUCUAACUUCAACUUCACGACUGAUGCAGGAAGUAAAAAUAUUAAAGAGCUUACACCAUCCUUGUAUGACUACAGUUGAAGACGUUUUUGACUCGCCGGAAGCACUUUGUAUUGUUCUAGAGUUAGCUGAAGGUGGAGAAUUGUUCGAUAGGGUUGUAAAAUAUGGCAAAUAUGCUGGGGCUCGUGAACAAGAAUUUAAAGUUAUAUUCUAUCAAUUACUAGAGGCUGUCAAGUACCUACACAAAAACAAUAUCAGCCAUAGAGACCUGAAGCUAGAAAAUGUUCUUUUAAAGACCGAUGAACCUUACACUUUGGUGAAAUUGACUGAUUUUGGGCUAGCAAGGAUUGUCGGAGAUAAAUCUCUCAUGACAUCAUACGUAGGUACUCCAACUUAUUUGGCUCCGGAGGUCCUAGUAGGAAAUCAAAGUUACAAUAAAGCGGUCGAUUUGUGGAGCUUAGGUGUUGUUUUAUAUGUAUGUUUGGCAGGCUAUCAACCAUUUACAGCUUCAGAUAGUGAAGUAGAAGAUGCUGACACAAUUGAAAUCUUAAAAUCAAAAGUUUUAUCUAGACGGUGGUAUAGAUCACCGGAUGAAUGGAAGGAUGUUUCUGAAGAAGCCAAAGAGCUAGUUCGUGGAUUGAUGCAAGUUGAAGCUGCUGACAGGUUAUCACUUGAUGAAGCAUUAGGACACCCUUGGCUAAAAGUAAGUUUCUAA